AUGAAAGGUCUAAUUGUGGCAUUGGCCCUAGGGCUGCUUACAAGCCACAUCCUUCAACUCCAGGGCCUUCCUAUAGAAAGCCUUGUCGUUCACAUGAGAAGAUGUAAAUGUGCCAAGCAAACCUCAGCAGUCUUUGCUCUCGCGCACUUGAAGUCUGUUCAAGUGUUUCCUCAGAGUGUAUAUUGCCGAAGGAAGGAAAUCAUAUUAAUCACAAAAAAGGACCGGAAGAUCUGUGUCAAUCCUAAUGCUGCUUGGGUUCAGAAGUUAAUGAAGACCUUGACCCAGAGGUAA